AUGUGUCGCUCACUGCUCAUCCUGCUGCUCAUCGCUGGAGCUCUGCUGAUCUCUACUGAGGGUCAGCAGGAUUAUCACAAGCUCACUGGUAUAUACAAGGCUGCUGUUGACAAGGCAAUUCAACACUGCAAUGAAAAAUCCUCAAAGCAUGUUAAUUUCCUUGGCUUCCUUCCUGAUUCAGAGAAAAAAUCUGGUCCAUUUUACAUUGAGCUUCACUUGAAAGUCACCACCUGCCCAAAAACAGAAAAGACCACACAUCGAGAUGACUGCCCAUUUAUGAACCGAAGGCCAAAAAUCAACUGUGCUGUUUGCAAUAAAGGGAUUGAGUCCGGCCUCGACAUUCACUGCGUUACGCAACUGCAAGUAAAUCAGUUCAUGGAAGAGCGGAGGAAAGUGUGCCCAAUUUACGUCUUAGGGGGAGGCAGUGUAAACUCACUGAAGAAACUGGAAAAACCACCUGCUGAGUGUCUUGGGUGCUUCUGAAUGUCCCGGCGAGUUUGGGCUGUCCGAUCCCCAAAUUCAGU